CAGGGGGCGCUCCUGGGGUAACUGGGACUGUCAGGGGUGGGGCGGUGAGCCCGGCGGCGCUGAAUUAAUUCUUUUUUUAUUUUUUUACAAAAUUUUCAGGCUGCCGAGGUCGUCCGGGGCGUUGGAGGCAGCGCCUGCCGCACGUCGGGACGGAGCGCGAGGGGAUUUCCCCUCAGGUUUUCCCUUUAGAGCACAUUGACCGGUAACCAAAAUUCGGGAGUCCUUUAAUUUCAUUUCCCAGUGAAAUGGAGAGCCACCAGCACAAGCCCACCUUCAUUUCUCGUGGUUAACAUCAAAGCCUCCACCCUUUGGCCGGGCUCAGCUCUGCUCCGGGAGCACCUCUCCCUUCGCCCUUUGCCUGCUGCAGCCCCCCCCGGGCAGCGCCAUGAAGAUCGUGGUGGCCAAAGUUCUGUGCCUGCUGGGCAUCUGCGUCCUCAUGCUGGCCGGCUCCCUCCUCCCCGUCAAGAUCAUCGAGGCCGAUUCCGAGAAGGCUCAGCGCUCCAGGAAAGUCAUCGCCCUCUGCAAUUCCUUCGGAGGAGGGGUCUUCCUGGCCACCUGCUUCAACGCCCUGCUGCCGGCCGUCAGGGGCAAGCUCGACGAGGUUCUUAAGCAGGGGAACGUGACCACGGACUACCCGGUGGCUGAGACCAUCAUGAUGCUUGGCUUCUUCGUCACGGUCUUCGUGGAGCAGCUCGUCUUGACCUUCCAGAAGGAAAAACCUUCCUUCAUCGACCUGGAGACCUUCAACGCCGGCUCGGAUGUGGGCAGCGACUCGGAAUACGAGAGCCCCUUCAUCGCCUCGUCCCGCGGGCACGGCCGGCACGGCCACGGCCUGAGCCCCCAGGAGCUGUCCCGCUCCAGCCCCUUGCGGCUCCUGGGCCUGGCUUUUGCCUUGUGCACCCACUCCAUCUUCGAGGGCCUGGCCCUGGGCUUGCAGGAGGAAGGAGGCAAAGUCCUGAGCUUGUUCCUGGGCGUCGCCAUCCACGAGACGCUGGUGGCCGUGGCGCUGGGCAUCAGCAUGGCCAAAGCCUCGCUGCCCAUGAAGGACGCGGCGAAAAUGGCCGUGACGGUCAGCCUGAUGAUCCCCCUGGGCAUCAGCAUCGGGAUGGGGAUCGAGAGCACCCAGAGCGCCGCCAGCAACGUGGCCUCGCUGCUGCUGCAAGGCGUGGCGGGGGGAACUUUCCUCUUCAUCACCUUCUUUGAGAUCCUGGCCAAGGAGCUGGAGGACAAGCACGACCGCCUGCUGAAGGUCCUGUUCCUGGCGCUGGGCUACGCCGUGCUGGCGGGGUUGGUUUUCUUCAAGUGGUGAGGUCGGGAGCGGUGGGGGACCCAACCUCACCUCCUGCCCCUCGCGGCCGGCCCCGAGAGGAGCCUGCUGGCAGCCCAGGGGGGACGCUGAAGCUUGGCAGCCACACCGAACACCCCGAUCCAGGAGGUGUUUCGGCAGCGACCCGAAGGAGGAGAGUUUUCUCCUCUGUGCUCAGAGGGAGAGGAAAAAAAACCCACGAGGAGUGUCCCAGCGUAGGGGUCACGAGGCGCUGCCCCUGCCCCUCGGGUCUGCGGGUGCAGAGAGGACUGGGGACAGCACUGAGGCUGCUUCUGGGGCUGCCCCCAGAGCUCUCGGGCUCGUUGUUUCCCGUUGACCUGCACAGCCGCCCCCUCCCUCCCUCCUUCCCCUCGCACAAACUCGGGCCGAGCCUCGGCUUCCUUCCCACCCAGGCUCUGAGGAGGUGAGAAACCGGGACCGAAACGAAGGCAGAGGCAGGUGGGACCGCGGCUCACACAGCUGCACUAAGCUGCUCCUGCUCGCUUCGUUUUUGAGCAAAACCUGGUUGUAAUAGCUGCCAAAAAUAACAUCCCUGCUGGGGCUGCUCGGGAGGACUGUUGCCACAGCUCCCGCUGAGCCCAGCUUCCAUUUUAACCCACAAACGGCUCCAGGAGCUUUUCCUUCUCGGAGUGAUUAACGGCAGGAACGAGGCCGGGCCCUGCCCCAUCCCCUGCUCCGUUCUCCUCGUCUCAUCCCCUGAAGAAAACCUGCAGCCGCGUUAACGCAUCCUCGGAGAGAUCUCACGCCCCUGUACCUGAAGCCCGGGAUCCAUUAGCGCGUGAGAAACGGGCAGCAGCAGCCUCCAGCAUUAAUAUUUCAGGGCAAGUGCUUUAUUUCACGUUUAAAUCAUCUGCAGGGAACCGAGCGGCUGCAGGGCUGCUCCCCGGCCUCAGCCCCGGAUUCCAGCGGUGAGGUUCUGGGGGGGGGCGUCCUGCUGCUGCUUUCAAAGGAGGGAGAGGAGAAAUCUCUUCCCCGGGGGCUGAUUAAAGCAGCCUCCAUCUGACAGCAGCGUGCCCGCGGGGAGCUCGCUGUGCCCGCAUCCCGCAGCGAUCCCUCGUGUUCGCCCUCCUGGGCCGGGAGCUCGGAUCAGAGGCUGGCAGCAGGAGCGAGCCCCCUCCGCUCCCCCCCCCGGCCUCGUUGCUUUGGCAGGAGAUGGAUUUUAACAAGACGUGGCCAUCGCUCCUGCCGCAGCUCCCCCAGGCAGAGCAGAGCUCCUGGAGGCAAUGAUGGAGCCAUAACAGCGUGGAGGCUCCGUGGAGGCUCCGUGGAGGCACCGCAGCCCCUGACCACGACCCAGAAGGAGCGGGGGGGCUGCGAACCAGCCCCCCGGAGCAGCUCUUGGCACAGCUGCAGCGCGUGGAAGCUGAUGGGGGGGGAGCAUCUGACGGGGCCUGGUGCUCGGCGCCUUAAUUGCUGCAACGAAGCCGAGUCAAUUAAUCUGGCUUUGAAAAACCUGGAGUGGGAAGGGGGGGGGGGGGAGGAGGGAGAGGGAGAGGGUUAUUUUGGGCCUGCGAUGACACAAAUUAGCAGGGCCUGACGAGAAUGGAAUUUGCUUGGACGUGGUGAACCUGGGGGUGUUAUUUCAAUUUCACCUCCCCCAGCAGCCCUGGGGGGGGGCGUGCUGGGACCUGCUGCUUUCUGCUGCUCAUCCCGGGCAGGUGGGAUGCUGGCUCCUGUUCUUCUGCCUCCAUCUCCUGUGUCAUUUUGUUUCUUUUUUUGCAGCUAUUUGCUCUAUUUGAAGAAUCCUUCCCCCAGCUGGGGGGGGGGCGGAGGGGUCUCGCAGAGCAUCACCGCUGCCCCCCAUGGCUGGCGGGGUGGCUGUGGGCAGUGUGGUGUGGGGGGGGUUGUGCUGGAUCCCCAGUUUUUUCACCUUUUUUUGUCCCGAUGGGGUGUGGGAGCAGCCUGGUGGGGGGCCACACAGCACAGGGGGUGUCCCUGGCACCGGGGGGGGGCUUUGCCUGUCCCUGACAGUCGGCUCCUGCCUGUGGAGGAGGAAGACCCCCGCUGUGCUCCCAAUAAACACCCUGCCCCUCUCCA